AAAGAUGUGUGUUAUGCGUGUACUUGUGUACACUUCUUUCUCAUAUCAAUUCGACGUUGUCUCUCAACGAGGAAUCAUGAGUGUAAACGGAAAAAUUACAAUAGAUAAAAACGGUGUAAAAAUAUUUACGUGGAAAAGGAAACGAGUUACGGAGGCUGUAUUUAAUUAGCGAAUGAGCCAAAUGGAAUCGGGAAAAAAAAGACAAAAAACUGGUGAAAGCUCAGUCGGAAACACGGACGGUGACGGUCCUAACCUCAAAAAAUUUCACGAGAAACGGAUUAUUGACGUUCAAACACUGAGCGAAAAUUUGGUAUGCUCUAAAUGUCAAGAAGUUCUAUCCUUAUGCGAUAUUCAAGAUGAGCGUCGGAUCGGUCUAGCUUCGGCAUUCAAAAUAAAAUGUAAAAAAUGUACGACGAUGAACGUAGUCGAGACAAAUGCCAAGCAUGUGUCAAAUGCUGGCAAGGAAAUUUUCAAUAUAAAUACGGAAGCUGCUCUUGGAGUAUUACAUGCCGGAAUGGGGUACUCUCACCUAAACAAGUUCCUCGCAUGCAUCGACUCGCCUGUCAUAGAUUCAAAAUUGUUCAAACGCCACGAAAGAGAAGUUGGAAAAACCGUGGAAGCGGUUGCCAAAGAAAGUUGCUCGAAAUGGGCAGAAACAGAGCGUGAAUUAACAAUUAAAAAUGCGGAUGAACUAGCAUCGUUGCUGUAAGAAUUUUUCCAUAUGAUUGGAUGAAAAACUUUUAAAUUUGAAGUUUGAUAUAUAUUAGAUUUUUUUUAAGAAUUUUCAAACUAGUACGUUUUACAAGGUGGUUACUAAAUUAAAUCAUGUCAUCAAUUUUUUACUUUAAUCCUAGAAGUAUUUUUUGGCUUCGUAUUGAAUAAAACUAAAAAAUGAAUUAAUUUAAUACAAUAUAUAUACAUAUAUAUAUAUAUGUACACUUAUAUGUACAAUUAAAUAUAGAUAAAUAUAUAUACA